GGGGGGAGGCGGGCGCGGGCAGUGCGCAUGCUCCUGGUGCGCGGCGCCCCCGCUCGGCCGCGCUCGGCGCCGCUCGGCUAUUUCCGCCUCUUUGUUUUAAACUCCGGCCGGAAUUUUUUCCUUCUUUUGGGGGAGAGUCGGAGGGAGCGGAGCCCCCCCGCGGGCGGACACGGCGCCCCGCCGCCCGGCCCCCGCGCCGCCAGACACCAAAGAUGCUGACUAGAAAGAUUAAACUCUGGGAUAUUAAUGCCCAUAUAACCUGUCGUCUCUGCAAUGGAUACCUUAUUGAUGCUACCACUGUAACAGAAUGCUUACAUACCUUCUGUAGAAGUUGCCUGGUGAAGUAUUUGGAGGAAAAUAACACCUGUCCAACAUGUAGAAUUGUUAUACAUCAGAGCCAUCCGCUACAGUAUAUCGGUCAUGACAGAACAAUGCAAGAUAUUGUUUACAAACUUGUGCCAGGCCUUCAAGAAGCGGAAAUGAGAAAGCAGAGAGAAUUCUAUCAUAAACUGGGCAUGGAAGUACCAGGGGACAUCAAAGGGGAGACAUGCUCUGCUAAGCAACAUUUAGAUUCGCAUCGGAAUGGUGAAACUAAAGCUGAUGAGAGUUCAAACAAAGAAACAUCAGAAGAAAAACAGGAAGAAGAUAAUGACUAUCACAGAAGUGAUGAACAGGUAAGCAUCUGCUUGGAAUGCAAUAGCAGCAAAUUGCGUGGAUUGAAACGAAAAUGGAUCCGCUGCUCAGCGCAAGCAACAGUCUUACAUCUAAAGAAGUUCAUUGCCAAAAAACUUAACCUUUCUUCUUUUAAUGAGCUGGAUAUAUUAUGCAAUGAAGAAAUUCUUGGCAAGGACCAUACGCUCAAAUUUGUAGUUGUCACUAGAUGGAGAUUUAAGAAAGCACCUCUCCUGCUACAUUACAGACCCAAAAUGGACUUGCUGUAAGAGACCUUUAUUGUCCUUCUGGACAGCGUUUUUUGCAGAGACUAUCAUCAGGCACCUUCUUAGUGCAUCACUUAACUCACAUGUGACACGAACCAGCAGAAUUUUUUGGAAGACUGUAGUGCUCUCACAGCCAACCAACCUUCUGAAUAUUUCUUCUGGGGACGUGUUGCCCAGAUUUCUGGACAGAAAAUAUUUAUACUUUUUUUGUACGAAAGAAAUAAAUCACAAGAGGACACUACCAGCACUAAGUUUACAGAUCCUGAAAACACUUCACAGUUCCAUGUAGCGCAACUUGAUUCAUCUCUUUGCUGCAGUUACACAAAUAUAAGUAAAAAUGUUGUGGGGGUGAUUUAAAAGGUUGUUUUUGACACCAAAAUUACCUUUAGUUACUUUCCAUCUUUUGAAACUUCUAAAGCUUAUUUUGAUAUAUUCUGCAAGAUGUUCCUGUCUUACGUAGUAUGCCUCAGUUACUUUGGCUUUCAUUGAGCCCUUUGAAGAGCAUUGAACGUACCUUAUGAUUAUAGAGACUGGUGAUAUUUAUGCUGCAUUAAAAACUUCCUAAAAAUCUAGGCAUCUGAAAACGUCACGAGUUUCACACAAUGCUUGAUCUCAUUUUAUAUUUCAUUAAUGCUUUGGCAUCCUCUGCAUGUUUUGAUGAGGCUAAUGAAAAUGCAUUUACUUUUUUAACAUGGCCCAAUAUUUUGCUGUGGCAUAAAUUGCAUCUGAUCAUAACACAAGAGUACUCAAAGUGCUAAGUUUGUGAAUUUUAAGGUAGACUUGUCUUAUACAGUAGGGGCUUGCAGAAAUCUAUUUUUUCUUUAGGGAAAUUAUUAUUAUUAUUAUUAUUAUUAUUUUGCUACAUUUGUAACUAGUGGUUAUUUUGGGAAACAUACCCCAUAGAAAAUUACACAAGUUUCCAUUUCACUGGUUUAAAAAUUCAGCUGUUAAUUACUGAUCAGUUCUAGAUUUCCUUUAAUGGUUUCCUUUAGAAGCCAUUGUUUUCUUUAGUGCCCUCAUUGGCUAUCUUGGAGGUCAGAUUAGAUCGUAGGGGUACCUUCUGGUCUUAAAAUCUAUUAAUCUACCUUUUGUGUUCAGCCUCGAGAGAUGCAGGCACUACUCUAUGCAUGUCAUCAAGUCCGCGCUCAGAUAAUGCUUAGAGGAGUGUUAACUAAUAAAAAAAAAAAAAAAAAAAAAUCUUGAAAGCCUUUUAAAAAUAGGUGACUUAAAAAAACUGUUCAUAUUGGUUGAACGUGAUUUCUGCAAGCGAUAUACUGUAUAACAUAUAAUAAAAUAUGAAAUGUUAAAAUGUUUGACUGGCACAGGGAUUGUAAGAUACUGAAAAGAGGGUGUGCAGUAUGACACACUGGCAGCUGGAGGUUAUUACUUUCCUUUUAAACGCUUAGGAGGGAAAGUUCCCCUGUCAGCGGAAAACACCAGUUUUGUAUACAUAUUAUUAAACCCUUUUAUUCCUUCAUAAGGCAAAUGUCACUGGCUAACAUAAGCAUUAUGCCUGUUGGCACCAUCCUACUCCAUCCAGUUGUGCUCCUCUGCCCUGCAAGAAAUCAUUAUUUAAAAUCAGAUUCAACAUCAGGAAGUAAAUCCUGAGAAAUACUGGCUUAUCCAAACAUGUACAUCCACCACCUCCCUGAAACCGCAUGUUUCUGUGUGCCUCCUUACACAUUCUUAGCUGGAGCUCUCUGUUCCUCCAUUUGCCUCCUCCCUUAGUUUUCCUACUGCCACAUUUGUGAGAGGGAAUACAGUCUCACCUGUGUGUAUUUCAAAACAGCGUUCUAAAGCUGCAUUCUUUGAUUUUUAUUCAUAAUCAUAGAGGUGAAUGAGGAGGAAAUCAGAAUGGGUGCAAAUGGAGAAACAAGGGAAAUCUACUAGACUAGUAGGAGUGCAAUCUGCAAAUCUAGGGCAUGAGAGAGGUAAAUGUACUGAGGGCUCGUUGGGCCAGGCAGGACGACUUUCACAUCUAGGCCUGGAGUAUUUCAGCGUUGGAGGGCGGGGGAAUAGAAUUUAGCUCUGGUUUGGUCUUUCUGUUCGUGUAUGCACCUACCUGCGAUUCAGCUUUUAUCUACGUAUAACUUGUAUUUUUUUUUUUCAAGUGUCGGAAGAGGAAAGGGGAGACUUCAGUUGUUUAGUUUUAGCAACUGGCCUUUUGUGAGCUUUUCACAAAAUGAACCUAGGUGAUGUGACCCUAUACAUCAAUUGAUUUACUAGGACUUCGUGGAACUGUUAAUCAGUUGUCCGCAUUGUGGGGUGUGUCAGGGAACUUCAGCCAAGUGACCCUAUCCUAAUCAAUCUGAUUCAUUUGUAUCUAAGGGUUUAAUAAAUAUAUAUACAUGAUGUGUCUACCUCAGAAUAUGCACUACAGCAGCAUUUUGUAAAACCAGACGUUACUGCAGUGCCAUUGAAGUACAUCAGAAUUUGAAUAUUUUCCUGUUUAAUAAAACUGAGGAGCGAUUAAACAGUAUGAACAUGCAAAUUCAGAAAACCCUCUGCCAUUCAGUUCUAACUCUCACUGUAUCAAUCUACAGUACAGAAUAUAUAUUUGUAAGUUUGUAGCUAUCUUUGGAAUCACUUGAAUUUGCUAUGGUGCUAUAUCAAUAUAUUUAAAUCUCUGUUGAUAUCUGUAUAGAUACAUAAAUCUGAAGCCUGUAUUAACACCAACAGCUGGUUAUAGCUCAUAAUUGUGUGUAACUCUGCUUUUUUAAAUGUAUUAACCUGAUAAAACCUCAGUGGUAAAAAUACCUAUUUUUCUAAAUUGCAUCAUGUCAGAAUAUCUUCACUACAGAAACUAUUUCCCAUAGGGGUUUGCUGCACCAUUUGGUUUGAUUUUUAGCGUUGUAGAAAGAGUAGCAUACAAUUAAAUUCAACAGUCAGUGUGAGACCUUAAGGAUUCUAUUUCUGAAAUUUUUGUUUUACUUCUGUGAAGCUUAAGAGACAGUUGAUUUAAUGUCAAAAUUAUAUUGGGGAAAAAUAACUAUUGAUUUUUUUUUAAUAUUGUUUAACGUCUGAAAGCCAGGCUCAGCUUAGAUAUCUCUUGGUCCUGCUUGGUCAUGUUCAGUUUAUUUUGUUUUUAGUGAAGAUGGAGUUACUGUGAAGUAGUUUUCACAACUGCUUACGCUGGUAAAUAAUUGCAGUACAAGUAUCUCGUUGCAUUACCCUCGGCAGCAAUGAGACUAAUUACCCAGGCUCAUAGUCUCACUAGAUAUAGUUUUCAUUUAAAAUAGAUAAUUCAGAUAGAAUAUAUAAUAUUGAAUUUAAAUAAGAUUUGGGGGUUUUACAAAAAAAAUUAACUUUAUAAAAUUAUUUAUUCUAUUUUAAGCCUUCUAUCUUAUUUUACCAUCCAAGUAUUUUGGUUUCAAUGGUCCAGCUUUAUUUACGGGCAUAUAAAAUGAAAUUGUGAGAUGUUUUUACAAGCUUCUUCCUUUUACUUUGAGUUUGAGUAGUUUUUAUUUGAUGUUUUUGUAUGGAUAAAGAGCAUUACUUAUGCUUUUGUGCAAUAGGUUUGAAACAUGCAUUUAUAAGGCAUAUGUUUAAAUUGUAAAUGUAGCAUCUACUUACCGCUAAAUUGAGAAGGAAUGUAGGUGGGAUUUUUAAAAUGUACAUUCAAAUGGGUUUUUGUUUUUUUUUUUUUAUUUUUUAUUUUUUUUUGGGGGGGGGGGGGUAUUAUUAUUUUGAAGUGAAGUUUGGGGUUUUAAAAUUGUGUGUAAGUGCAAGAACUACCUGUCAGCAAUAUUUUAAAAUAAAUGAUCUGGCAAGAAACAUUAAUGUGAAUUGUGGAAGCAAUCUGCAAGACUUGCAGCCUAUCCGAAAUUGUUUUUGUGCCAUUGUUACGUCUGGUAUCUUUGUGUACCAUCUAACCUGGGAAUAUUUAUUUUUUAUUGGUUGUGCAAUACUACACACAACACUAUAACCUCUGGGGAUAUGGGACCAUAUGAAAUAUCAGACUACAACUAUGAUGGUGCUAUUUUUUCCAAUAGGCUCUGAGCCUUUGAAAGCUUAUCUGGCUCUAUUGUCUUCAUAACAGCAUAAUUAGUCUUAGGAGAGUCAUUGGCUUCCCCCCCCGCCCCGCCUCCCCAAUGAAAGGUAAAUGUAGUAGUAUAGCUACCCUGUUUUACAAUUAUUUUAAUCUUACCAUUGAGAUAAAUGUAAUAGGAAAAAGCCAACCAGUUUGUACAUCAACAGAUGAGUCUUUGAUAAAUUUAUAUUGUAAUCAGUACUUAAGAAAUGCAUUUAAUGCAGACAGCUUAAACUGUAUUCUACAGAAAAAUCCAGUUUCUGUAUUUCCUCAGGUAAUCACUUCAGUUCAGACGCUUCACUGGAAGUUUUAAAGCAACCUACACAUUUGUUCCUCUGCUUCAAAGUUAAAGAAAAGAAAAAAUCCCAUCGUAUAGGCUAGAAUUUUUGCGUAACUUAACUAUAAUGGAGAGGUUCUCUUAACAUUUCCUUAGGUACCAAGUGCAGAGAGAACACUUAUUUUAAGGUGCAUAAUUUAGCUUUGAACUGCCCUUUGAUUCUGCGCUUUGAUGAAAGCGGAGUUUAGGUACAGAUUUUCUGGAAACUUUGCUCCUCAUGGUAAGCCCACAUUUUUUAUUUUUAAUACUAUUGAGUUUGAAUUUGCUCAUGUACAAACUUAAGCUCCAGUCCUGCAAUCUGAUCCACCUGGUAGAUCCUUAUGCCCUCACGGAAUCCAGUUGAAGUCAAUGUGGUCUGCCCCAGAGCAGAUUGUAGGAUUGGGGCGUAAAGGUCCAAUGUUGCAAAUCCUUACCUUGUAACUUUACUCACAUGGAUGGUUCCAUUUAAAUCAGUGGGAGUAUUCACAGGAGCAGAGUUACUUAGCGGCAUGCCUGCAGAAGUCCUUUUAACUUACAACAUUGGUUUAAUAUAAUCCUUAACAUCCAAAUGAUUUAACUGGACAAAAGGAAACUUCUUUUUUUCUGGAACAAGAUUAAUUUAGGGUUAAGGGACAAUAAGCCAGUGCAACCACUAAGCCUUUAUCCUCAAUAUGUGGUAUAUAAAGAUACUGAAACUAUCACAAUAUAAAAUCAUAUUUUUGACUUAGUUUCAUUUGAAAGUUUACAUUUUUUUAUGCUUUGUGUUGCUGUGUAAUUUUUGUACUAUUGGUGGCUAGUUUUUGUCUGAAUAAGCCUUUGGGGAUUAUUGCUUAAUGUUUUGAUUUUAUGAUAGUGAAGCUUGUAUUCAGUGUUUUGCCAAUUAAUAUUAUAUGCUUGUUAAUAAAAGCAAAAAAGCUAACUAAAAUUCUCUCAGGCUGAAAGUUUGUCCAUUUUCCCCCCCAAGAGCCUAAAGGAUUAGCUAAUACAAUACAACGGUACUAUAUAAUACUGCAUAUACCGGAACAAUCCCCUAUAUAUAGUUCUAUAAUGCAUCUCCCCCCGAACUGUAUUCCAUUUUUUUUGCUUGAAUCCAACACUAGCACUGCACAAAAUGUUACACUAAAUACCAAACUUCUUAAAUUGGUAAAAUGUUUGUGCUAAAUAAAUGGCACUCUGUUCAUUAGCAAAUAAAGUGACUUUUGUUGCAUGGAGGAGGUUAUUUUAGGUGCUUUGGACUCUUCGUGCAUUUAUGCGUAUGGCUAUAUUUGCCACACUGUACAUGGUAUCAGAUUUACUCCUCAUCUGCUAAUGUCGCCGUGCGGGGUCAUAUUGGAGUCCAACCUUCUGUUGGACACAAUUAACAAAUGUUAAAUAAAAAAAAACAACCUGCCCAAAUCCUUAUUUUGUUUUAAUUGUUAAUGAUUGACAGAUACUAAUAGUCUAUUUUCUCUCUGGUUGAAAGCUAGAAAAGGUCUUAGGCUAGCUAAACUGCCACUCCGGAGAGUGUUGGUUCAUGAACCAGAGGUAAAUUUGCCUUCAAAGAGUUGAUCUAAUUUGUGGUUGCUUUCUGGGUUAUUUUAGUGGUUUCUUCCCUAACUAUUUAAGAUCGUCAAGAAUUAUGUAGGAACUCCUCAAAAGGAUUAACAGUUUUAGGUUUAAAUGAAUCUUAAGGUUAAUCUAGAUACUCUAGUAAACUGCAAAGCAUAUAAAAACCUAGGUGAAUUUCUUUGCAGUAUCUGCAUUCAGUAAUUGCGUGUGGUGUUUUCUUCAUAUUGGGAGAGGCAAAAGGUUUAAUAUUUCUGCCAUUUUGCUAGGAAUUGUAAGGAACUCUGGUUCUAAACCUCAUAGCGGUCUGUUCCUGCACUUGCACUAAUGGUAGUGAUGUGUAAUCGUCCUGAGGAGAUGAGGCCCACUAGAUAGUUUUGCCAUUGACUGGCCAUUUAAAUACUGGUGGGAGAAAUCUGUCUCAGAAAGGUCACUUUGUUCAUGUGUGUCACUAAAAAGUGAAUAAAUAAUAAACUUCUAAGUUUAGCACUAAUUCUGCUGUGUCAGCAAGCACUAUAUUUCAUAAACCUCCUUAUUCUCAUUGUUAGUUGAUCUAUCAUUUCUCCAUGACUUUGCUUUGUUGGUUGCUUGAAAACGCUCCUACAGACCAGUUAUUUAUGCAUGGGUGUUUCUGGUUAGUCCAGCACACUGCACUAUUGGCAAGUAUUCCAGGCAUCUAGAGAGAAAUUAGCAGUGCUAGAAACCAACUGAUGUCUUUCCCAAUAGUGUAAUUGUAUGUUCCACACUGCCCCUCUUGUAACUUGCUGGAAUAGUUAAGUGAUGACCAACUGUCUUUGCCUGCACAAAGCCAUGGCCUACACAAAAAUACAUAGGAACACACAUCUGCACGCUAGUCUAAUGUUUUUAAUAGCAUCUACAUGGUGAGAAAGUUGCUCAGGUGUACAGUGAGAAUGAUGCGCACAUAUACCUCAUUUCAGGAAUGGAUAAAGGCACCGCCAUCAGCAUCUGUUGUGAAUGUGACCUUUUGAAAUAUGCUGUUGCAAACCUUGUUUUAUAAGUUCCUGUUUUGUAUUGCUUUGUGUAUAAUAUAUUGUAGUUAUUCAGAUUGUCUUUGGCAUUGAUUUUGGACAUAAAAAUAAAUUCUUUGAUCAUUA